AUGACAGCGUUGUUGUGUGCUAAUAAAGCAGUCGCCCGAUUCAGUGUCAAAACAAUAGAUUUUUCUUUUCCCAUUCCUCCUUUUCUUUUUCUCCCCUUUUCUCUCACAACGCGCAAAGCCAACAAUAAAAACGCAUUCUCUAUAUGUGACUGCCUACAACGUGCAGAGUUACUACCAAGGCAUCCAGAUGGUCCAUACCAACGGAUUUAUCCCUUCUUUUUCUCUUCUCUUUCUUUUUUAAUCAAUCUAUUUCUCUCGUCUCCUCACAUUAUCCGUUUUGUACUCUCUUUCUCUCGCCUUUCUUUUAUUAGUCUAUCUCUUUCAUCUUCUUACUUCAUCUAUUUUACCCUCUCUUUCUCUCACCUUUCUUUAUUGACCUGUCUAUUUCUCUCAUCUUUCUCUAUUUUACUCUCUCUUUUUUCAAACUCUCUCUCGCCCUUUCUUCACUUCUCACUCUUUCUUGCUAUCUCUUUGUUCUCAUUUUGUCUCUGGCUUACUCUCUCUCUAUUUCAGUCUCAUUUGCUUUCUCAUUUUCUUCUAUUUCCCUUUUUCCUUCUUACCUUUUUUUCGCGUAGCCAAUCUUUUAAUUUCUCUUUUAGCCUUUCCCCUUCAGUCACUCUCUCUCACACACACAUACACACACACACACGCGCGCGCACACAUACACCCUAUUUCUCCCCUGUUUUUAUGUUUGUCAUUUUUCUUCAUUUAUUUCUCUCUCUCUCUCUCUCUCUCUCUCUCUCUCUCUCUCUCUCUCUCUCUCUCUCUCUCUCUUUGAUAUGA